CAAUUGUUCAUAAGUUGUCUGGCGGACUAUGCAUAGUUCGCAGGUUUGAUGUCGGGCUGCAGUUGUAUAACCUGUCCUGUGGUUUACAAUGGCCUUACUGAACUUCACUGACAGUUUGACGAGAAAUUACUUUCGGAUAUUGAAUUUUGGAUUAAUUUCUGUAGUGGACUAUCUUUAAUUUGACCUGAUAAGGUGACAGUUAACCAGCAUCCUGGAGCUAAGAAAGGAAAAAUCGCGAGAUGCAGCUCGGUCUCGUCGCGGCAAGGAGAACUAUGAAUUUUAUGAGCUAGCGAAAAUGCUUCCACUGCCUGGUGCCAUCACCUCGCAGCUGGAUAAAGCAUCGAUAAUACGACUGACCAUCAGUUACCUGAAACUGAGGGAUUUCUCAAGUCAUGGUGAUCCUCCAUGGAAUCGCGAUGGACCACCACCCAACAAGUCUGUCAAGGGUGAGUGUGGUCCUCCCAGGAGGCGGUCAUCAACAGGGGUUGCCAUGGAGAUAUUCGAAUCAACGCAAGGGACGCACAUUCUGCAGUCUCUCGAUGGAUUUGCCUUUGCCCUUGCCAACGAUGGGAGGUUCCUCUACAUAUCAGAAACAGUCUCAAUAUACCUCGGAUUGUCACAGGUUGAAAUGGAAGGCAGCAGUAUCUUUGACUAUGUACAUGUACAAGAUCAUAAUGAGUUAUCGGACCAGCUCGGACUGUGUAUGCCGCCGGCUGCACCCAUGCCCUCCCCAGGCUCAGAUGAAGGCUCGGCUUCGUCACAGAGGGCACAGUCGCCAUCACCCCUAGCCGAAAGAGGUUUAAUGAAUCCCAACCCAUUAAAAGGUGUCGAGCGAUCCUUUCAUAUCAGAAUGAAAUCGACAUUGACCAAGCGAGGAGUUCAUGUAAAAACUGCAGGGUACAGGGUCGUGCACAUUUUAGGCCAGUUUCGCCCACAGUUCUCCUUCUCCCUGACGAGGAAGCAUCCUCCGCCCCUUCUGGGCAUGGUAGCCAUCGCCCUGGCUCUCCCACCCCCCACAGUCAACGAGCUGAAGAUAGACAAUGAUAUGUUUGUCAUGAGGCUGAGCCCCGAUUUCAAGAUCGUCUUCUGUGAGCCAAGGAUUUCUGACUUGAUGGAUCUAACUGCUGACGACCUGAUGACCAAGAACCUCUAUGAAUACACCCAUGCAGAAGACUUGCAGAAACUCAGGCGAGCACAUGUUGACUUGUUAACCAAAGGGCAAGUGCUGACUGACUAUUUCCGGAUACUUAACCAGCGUUCUGGCUAUGUCUGGAUGCAGAUGUGUGCCACGAUCAUCUACAACAACAAGAACUCCGAUGAAGAGAAUGUCAUCUGUGUCUGUUACGUCCUCAGUGGUAUAGAACACCGCAACUGUGUGAUGGACAGUAGGCAACUAAGCCACAUGAAGAACCGAAACCAGGGAGACGACAAUUCAGACAACUCGGAGAGCGAGACGGGUUCAGACCAUGUUGCUGAUGAUGUGGCGAAAGACAAAAAUACCAAGACAAGCGGAGACAAAGCCGCUGACCAUGUGGACCAGAGUGGGAGCGGAGACCAAUCAAAACAUUCCUUGGUAGAGGAGAGUGGAAUCCUGGGAGAUUCGGAUCAUUAUCGUUAUCAGAAUGGUGAGGACGAUAUUGACAGUAGUGACUUCGGAGCGGAGAACGGUUCUGUAGGGUACCUUGAUGACAUUAGUGAGAAAUACAAAGGUGAUAUCAAAAACUCGCGGCGCAAAAUGGGACGGCCGAGAAAACGUAAACGGGACCCAUCCCCAGAGGAAAAUGGCGUUGAUGGUGACUAUAAUUCAAGGAUACGGGAUGGUGAGCCUGCUUGUAAGUCGGUAUCUCCUCCCCUUGAAAAUGGUGCUAUACUUAAAAGUGCUCAGAUUUUGGCAAAUCUGCCGACGACUACCGAAGAGAAUACUCAUUCAGCACAUAAGAUGUCGUCGCCCACGCCGGAGGAUCUAUCCGUCAAAGCGAUGAACACGUCUGUUGCAACGCGGAUAUCUCCAAUGGAUGCCGUCACCUCAGGAGCUGAGAAUACUCAGGAUUGGCAACGAUCCACUUCAAAUAACAUGUCGACCUCGGUCCGCGACCUUGAACAGGUUAUGAACAAACAUCUGCCGAACUAUCCGCAAGACGCAGAUCAACAAUCUGCCACAUAUCCAACAGAUUAUUCAUCGAGUUCUUAUGCCAAGCAGCGGUCUACGAUUCAGUGGAUCGGCUCGCAGCAGCCUCAACCUGAAACUCUUCCCGCGUCUACGUUACUACGCCACCUAUACGCUAAUCGUGAGUCUGUCAUCCGCAUGAACACUUAUAACCAGUCCCGUCCGCAGUAUUAUGGUGAUAUGCAAAAUAGCAUGUUAACACCGCCGGGGACUGAAGCAUACAAGGACCAAUCACAAUUCAGCUUGCCGCAGCUCUCGGUGGUGACAAAGAGUCAGCCUGGUAGUGCUUAUUCAUUAGCUGCGUCUUAUAAUUCUAGUGUUCAUGAACCAUACAGUAUAACCCCACCGUCUUCGGUCUCACCGCAGGAUAAGUAUCAGUCUUCUUUUACUGAUCCGGCAAGUUAUACGGAUAGCAAUUCAAACCAACUCAAGUUGUAUGGGAAUGAAACAGGGAGUCAGAUUCCCCUCAAACCGCACGUGUAUCCUAUCCCUAGCCCGACUCACGCACACUCAUCGUACGAUAGGAAUGGUAGUCAGUAUAGCAAGACCGCAGCAUUCUAUCGGACUGGUUCUUCAUACUCGGGGGCUUACGCCCACAGUAACAGCCCUAGUGCCAUGGAGGAACACUACCGACAUGCGAAGACUUCAUCUUGGUGAGGAGUCCAGUGGGAAGGUGCCAUUCUAAAUGCAUCUAAAUGCAGCAAGUCAGCACAAACUCUCAAUGAUUUUUAAUACUACACUAAAACUGACUUUUAAAUUGAGUUUGCUGAAGAGUUUGCGGUGCUGUAUUUGAUGUUCCGAGUUGCUGAAAAAGUACAUUUUAAUGGGUAAAUUGAUAAUUUGUUGAUAUUCAAUGAAAAGGUAUCGAACUGUUACAGUAAUUAUGUUGUUGCUGUUUCAAACCAAUAGUGCAUUGGCCUGUGUAAGCUCUAUUUCUAAAUACAAAAUUGAAACUACAUGAAGGUAAAUUUUAAGAUGCACAUGAAAAAAAAUAACUUGAAGAUUUUACCAAAAUUCAGAAGGACAGUGAUAUGUAGUUCGAAACAGACUAUAGUUCUAUGUUUCCUGAAAAGAUUUUUUUUCAGUCCUACGUAGGUCAUGACGAGUGCCAUUUUGACUCGAUUUCUGUAGGGUCAUUAAUCUCAACGGUUACCUCAUAAACAGUGUUGUGGAUCUAACUCGGUUGUGUAUGACCAUUGUAAAAUAUACUCAACUCUGUAUGUAUUUUGCAUAAUGUUGUACUCUUAACUGUCUAAUGUUUGUCCAAGUUUUUAUCUUUUGAAAAAAUUGCUAUAUUGAUUGUCAGCAAAUAGAGCAAAGAUAGAGGUGUGCACCUAUUAUCCACGAGACACAAGAGACAAUGUCACAACCUUAUUCCAACCAUCCUCUAGCGAAAGACGGUCGUAAUCACUGCCUCAGACUUCCAAUCUGUUCUGUCAUAAGCUUCACCGUAACAUGGGGUGACAAUUGCUGAUAUGAAUAAAAUCGAGCAAAUGCUUUUACUUCAAUUUUGUACAGAAGGGCCUAGUGUAAAUGUACAUGGAGUUUUAGAUAAAAGCAUUUACUAGUCUUUAUUCAUAUCACCCAUUGGCCCUGAAUGGGGUGAAAUUGUCCUCUACAUUUCCCACCCUACAGCUUGAGCCAUACACGGUAAAUCUUAUGUGAAUCGCUGUACAGAAAGAUGUUAUUGUAUCGUCGAAAAUUCUAACUAUGUUGCCAGUAUAUCUUUGCCCAUUUGUAUGUGAAUUGCUACUUAAUAUAAUCUAUAUGAUUGUUCAUAUUAUAAUGUCUUGAGACGACAUAAACGAAUCAUUGGCAGGGCAUUCAGGGUAAUUGCUGGGGGAGUCAUGCAGCAGUCGUCAUGUAAUUUCUUACGAUACCCGUGGCAUGCAAGCAAAAGACUGCAUGACACAACUGAUUUAUGCCAAUGCAACCACACCCCUCCCCGAUUUGAUUUCGAAAUGAUACUGGAUGGUUUUGUGUUCUUUGGAUACACCUGUGCCCAUUAGCUGUAAACAACGAAUUCACCAUGGUAGACUUGAACACAUAUUUCAAGCAAAAUAUCACAACUACCCAAUUAUGGCAAAAGUGCCUGAUUUGCAUCAUAAACAUGAGAGUGUCACUGCAUAUUGCAACAUUUUCACUGGAAAUACAGCCACCACGACAUUUGUGGCAUGACUGACACUCAGAUGGUGGUCAGGCGCAGAUCCAAGGGGGGGGGGGGG